UAUUUGAUAAAAUUUUGCUUUUUAGACAUGAAUUAAAAUGUGUGAUGUGAGAGAAGCAGUGAGGUUGCCGGGGAUGAUAAAUAUGAAUAUCGAGGCGAGGAAACUCAAAGAGGAGUUGGAUGGAGAAGGUUCGGAAGAGAAAACAUUUCAUCUAAAUAUUCCUCUUCAGAUCUCCGUAGACACUCAAAGACUUACCUCCAGGACAGUUUUCUCUCCAGGAGUAGGGAAGAUGUGGGUAGGGAAUGAUAGUAGUGAGGUUCGAGGACGAGUACCUGUGGAGGGAAGAUCAAGAACACCAAGUACUAGAGUUAGAAGUGCAUCAGCAGGAAGAGAUCAGAAACAGGAGAUGGCAGCUAGAUACUGGGCUGUUCUGUUUGAAAACUUGCGCCGAGCAGUUGAUGAUCUGUAUAGAACAUGUGAAGGAGAUGAGAGCUGUGUAGGGGCAAAGGAGGUGUUGAUGGUCCUGGAGAACUACGUGAAGGAUUUCAAGAACCUGAUCAACUGGUUGAAGUUGAAGACGGAGUAUGAGAAUACUCCUCUACCCCAGCGUCCCACCUCCCUGGCCUGGGAUAUCAGGAAAACAUCUCCAGCUGGAAAACUUACCCCGACAGGUGGUUCCGGUAAGCUGACCCCAACCCGGCAGCUGCUGCUCUGUAGUCCAGCUAAACGCCAGCUAAACUUCGAGGAGAAGGACGGAACCAGAUCUAGAAAAGUGUCAGAAACUAUCAAGGAAGCGAAAAUAGAAUCUGACUGCAGCCCAGUAGAGUCCACUCUGGACUCCCUCAAACUGAUCGAUGUUGAGGAGAUAGAGAUUGAUGCUAACUGUUCCGAACACGAGAAGUCUGACUCGGAGCAAGAGAAGGACUCUGAACCUGCCGCUGAUAAUUCUAUAUUCGUCCCUCUAAAAGUUGACCUUAAACUGGACACUGGAGAAGCUGUUACUACCGAUAUUACUGCUGAGGAUCCCGCAGAAAAGGAAAACAUUAAUAAACCUGCUGGUAUUAAGAAGAAACCUGAGACUGAUAAACUAUCUGUAGUUAAAGUAGAAAAAUCUAGUCAGAGAAUCACUGGUUCAACGGUACGACGUGAGAAGUCGGAAGAUAAAUCCAAAAUGACGUCUUCAAAAAGUUUCGCGACAUUCAACAAAACCACCUUCGCAAGCACUGUGAAGAGUAUGGGGAAAGUGCUCCCGGCUAGGGCUGCAGGUUCGACACCAAGGAUGACCCGGGCUCUUACAACAAUAUCUCCGGCUAAUAAACCUGUGAUUACUACUAGACGAACCACCGCCGGGCUACUCAUUACAUCACAGAGACUACAAUCUGCCCCCCCAGUGAAACAAGUUCAUAAAAAACUAGAAACCCCCAGGUCACCAAAGCAUCAGCGUAUAUCCCUGGUUGCUCGUCAGAGUCAAUUUGCCCAAACUAACCGAGGUGGAGGAUCAGGGUGUAGAGGACAUCCCAGCAGGGGGAAACCUGCUCCUAGCUCGACUCAGCACACAGAUACAUCGGUAUCCGUCCUACCUCAAGGUUCAAGUACUUCACUUAACUCAGAAUCCAGUGCCCGGAGUUGGGCGGAUACUGUCAAGGGACGAAGAUACACAUUGUCUCACGCCUCUAUGGAGAACAUGAGGCGGGCUCAGGAGGAUGAGGAGGAGGAAGAAGGAUGGUCUAAGGAUGAGGAUGGUUGGUGUACUGUAAGAAGAGCAAGAUCAAGGUUCUCUCCCUCUAGCUCUGCAGCUCAAGGCUCUACCCGGAGUAAACUGUCCUCGAUCAACUCCAAAGCAAAGAACAGGUUCCGGAUGCCCUCCUCUGCGGUGUCCAUGCCCUCCCUGACGAUGGAGGAGGACAAGGUUGAGGAUGGGCGGCGGGAGGAUAGACAGGAUAGACCAGGGAUAGAGAAGAGUGCUAGUUCAGCUUCUAUUGUCAGGAGUAAGGAUGUACGUCCUCCUAGAUUAGGAAGCGUGUGUGAGAAGACGGGUUCGUCUCUAGAAAGUAUUCCUGGAGAAGAAUCUAGAAACAUGAAGAAGAAGAAGGAUCUUCUCAAUCAUUCGAAACAAAAAGCUCUGAAGAAAACAUCAGAUCCGGGACAAACAAAACCCAAGAGUAAAGCUAAGAAAACAAACUCCGCCCCUCUUCUUGUCAAACCUGCAGAUAUGACGGAGAGUGAGGCGGAGGCAGUUGUUGAGGAGGAGAAAGGAGAACUUAUUGCAAAUAAGUUGAUCAAGGCAGAUAUAGUGAUAUUAAGACAUUCGCCUGAUAUUGGACAGGAUAAUGAGACGGAUACAGAUAGUGAGGAAAUCCUGCAACGAGAUGCUGCUAUAGCUAAAGCUGAACUUGAAGCUGCUCAUCUACAGAGAGAGAUACAGGAGACAGAACAAGCAGAGCUCACAGAUACAGAUGGGGAUACGGAGACUACUGAUACAGAGUUGAACUAUACUACGGAUACAGAUACUAAUGAUACCCGGAGUGAGUUCGGAGGAGGAAUUGAGAACAUGUUCGAAGGUUUAUCCUGGGCAGAGCAGAUGGAGCUAGAAGAUCAACUUGGUGAUGCUACGGAAUCAAGGUAUCCUGGUCGUGCGAUCCAUCUACAUGAGAAGCUGUCUAGUCCUGCAAGGAAGAAGGAACCUCAUGAAACCUUACUCCAUUACCAGGAGAAGCAGGACAAGGCCAGAGUCCGCAGGCAGAUGUUCUCCGAGGAAAAAGCCAACAAGUUAGCCCUUCUUAGCCAGAGGAUCUCCGAGGUGCUUGAGCAGAGGGACAGGUUGGUGGAUGAGAGGAAAAUGAUGAUAGAAAAGAAGCUGAAGAAGGCGGAGGAGAAGAGGAUCCAGCAUAUCGAGGGGAUCAGGAGGAAAGCCCACGAGGAGGAGGAGAAGUUGAAGGAGAUUGCGUUCAUUAAUGAACUCCAGGCUCAGAAUACAAGGAUUGAUAUGAUUACCCAGGUGAGUGUUGCAGAUGAAAAGUGUGAGGAGAGGUUGGCGGAGAUAGCAGGCGAACGGGCUAAAAAGGCGGAGCAAAGAGAAGAGCGUGAGGCAAGGGCGGAGGAAAAGAGGCGUGUCCUGGAGGAGGAGCGGCAGAAGCACCUGGACGCAAUGAUAGAGAAGAGGAGGGAGAGGGAGGAGAGGAUCCAGGGGAGCCAGGCAGCGGCCAGGGAGAAGAGAAAGGUGUCCGCCAGGCAGAAGGAUAUUGAACGGUUAGAGAGACUGAGUACUGUACGGGCGGCAGAGAAGGAUAUGAAGGAAGAACUUCAAGAGAAGAUUCAACAGAAACAGGAGGAUGCUGCUAAACGACAUGCCGAGUACCUCGAGGAAAUCAGACUCAAAGCCUUUGAACUAUCUGUGCAGAAGUGUACCAGCGACGAGGGUGUACCUAUUAUUAAACCCUACGAGACGAAAAAGAAAUGUGAGGCCUGCAAUGUUCUGAUCAAGAGUGAGGUUCAUCUCCAGUCCCAUCUCCGGGGUAAACAGCACGCAGAGGAGAUUAACAAGAAGACGGAGGGGAAGGAUCUGUCUGGAGAAGAGAUAACUGAUUAUAAUCUCAAGAAUAUUAUUGAUGCUCCUGAGGGAGAAGCAGACCCUGAUACAAUACAGGCCAAGGAACGCGGGAAACUAGUGAAGAAGAGAGCUAAGAAGCUAAAAACCAAGAUGGCGGCCAAGGGAGCCGAGUACCUUGAAUCCUUGGCAUCUCCCAAUAAACAUUUGGAUUCUCCAAACCGCGCGAAAAUCGGGAAAAGUGUGCGGGAUAUUGAGAAGCUGUUAAAUAACCAGGGUAAGGGCGCCUGGCCUAAUACUGCAGUUAGCUCACUAGAACGUGCAUUCGGAGAGAUAUUCCGUUCCUUGGAAAGAAACUUAGCGAAAGAUAGAGAUGUUUUCUAUGCUCUGGGUGGGUUUGAUGUGCUGGAGAAGAUAUACAGUAUGCUACUCGAAUGCAAGGGUGGGAAUACUUGUGCUAUUCCUAUAAAAUCCCUGGUUUCUGCUGGCCGCGUAUUACAAGGAGCUACAGAUGGAUCCCCCACUAAUGUAGAGUUUCUACUUUUGUCAAAUAGAAUCAGUGUGUUCGCAGAUAUUCUCCGUGAUCAGCUGACCCGUCUACUCCCUGAUACAGGCACACAACUGGAUAUAGAGAUUGCUCAAGGUCCUGAUACAGAUCCACUAUCUCAGUCAAUAAUGCAGUUCCUCUCAUGUUUCCUUCGUAAUCUAGCUAUCUCAAAGCUAAACCAACAGUCAGCCACUAGAUUACAGGAUUUUGUAUCGUAUAUUGUGAGUAUUGAGAUAGUGGACUACAUAUCCCGGUAUUUCCAGCUAGUCAGAGAUCCUAUAGAUUCUUCACCAGAGGUUGCAGAGUUCAUUCUAGUUGCUCUUCAGUUCCUCUCUGCACUUACAGUUGCUGUACAGGGCUCAGGAUCCGGAGAUCCGUCCCAGCUGUUGAGUACUCUACAAUGGACGGAGUUAGCUGGAACAGUUUCCCUCCUUUAUGGGAUGCUUCUCCACCAGGGCAGGGAUACUGCUAGGGAUUCAGCUCUUCCUCCUCUUCCCACUCAUACACUAGCAGUAGCUACAGAAACAUGUACAUUGCUCGAGAGGUUGGUUCGUCAGAAUCUAGGAAUAGUCCAGGCUGUUCUCGCCUCUGAAGGAAUUAGCCUUGAAUUCCGUCAUAUUGCCAGCUAUCUACUCUGGUAUUGUCAGUGUCAUAAUCAAUCCAGUCUACUAAACCAGGUGAUCAAUCUAAUUGGAUACUUUACAGCCAACCAUCCGGACAACCAGGCCAUUGUUCAAGCAGGCAGCCAACCUUCUGUACUCCAGCAGCUUGCCAACCUUCCAUUUCAGUACUUCAGUCAGCCUGAGUUAAAGAAUAUCCUGUUCCCUACCCUACUCUCCUGCUGUAACAAUAACCCCACCAACACGAAUAUACUGACCAGAGAACUGUCAUGGAAAUUAAUAGAUGAUUAUAUUCUCACUCAGGAGGCCAAAGAGUCAAAUCUGGUUCAGGUCAUUCUUAAAAAGAAGUCCUGAAGAGUUUCUCAGAAUUCAAGGAGAGUCCAAACAAAAAAGAUUAUGAGAUGUAUCUGAAGUCUGUACACUGUUUGUCACUGUUUUCCAUUGUACACUGUACACUGUACACUGUACAGUGAAGUGAAGAUUGUACAUGAUAUCUUAUAACCCUACAUUCUCAUUAAUCAAUUAUGCACAAUACAAUAUUAUACUUGGCCAUUAAAAGCCGGGCAUUAUGAGGCCUACUAAACCCCUUAACAAUAUUGUCAUAUACCGUG